AUGGUGGCAGAGAGCCUCUAUACUUACUUCAUGCAUGGAAUCGAGGAAAGAGAAAUCGAUUACCUGCCACAGAUCAAAGGCGAUUCCAGUUUAUUAAAGCACGUCAAAUCCGAUGCUCCGAUCGAGAAGAGGGUAUUUAACCUCUCUCAAAUUCCUACCUCAGAUGAUUUGUCGCACUUGAUGAAACGUAAAACAAGAAUCUCCAUCACAAUUCGACACGUUCCCAGAACGUGCAACGUCACUAUAUUUCGCACUUCCAGGUGA